UGUGUAGGUAGCUAACAAAGUAAGGGGGUACGGAAAUUACUGUGCUUGUUAGGAAUUCGGAGAAAUUUGAAUGGUUGGGAAAUGUUAAUGCGUAUAGUGAAGUAGAGCUUCAUUUUUUUAAAAGUUGUGUAGUUUCUUCCAUAUAUCGAGGAAGUAAUGCCGUGACUGCCGAAAUCUAUUCUUCUUUUAAUAUAAACUGGAUAUAUAUAGAAAGACAGAGUAAACAGAUGUUACAGAGGCACCAGUCAAGAUAACCAGUUUCAGUCUUCACCAUCAGUAAGAAGAAAAUGGGGCUGCUGAAGAAACUUUGGCUUGUCCUGUGGAAAAACCUUAUAAUUCGCAGAAGGCACUGGAUUUUGACUUCAAUUGAAAUAGUGAUUCCAGUUUUGCUUUUCAUUGUUGUUGCUGUAGUUCGAUCAGAAAUUGGUCCAUCUGAUGAUGUAUUACAUCCAAUGCAAUAUUAUGACAUUUGGACUGAAGACACAAUUAUUGAACAGAGCAUGACCAGUUUAUCAGACACAUCAUUACUGCUGUAUGCACCACACAAUAAUUUUACUAAAAGAAUGAUGACUGUUGUUUCGUCUCGGUUGAAGAAACAAGGUUCUCUUGGAUUUGAGAGUGAAGAUGAGUUAAUUAACUACUAUGAAUCAUUGAAUGAUACGCACCGGGACAUAUAUGCAGUUAUUUUUGAAGGUUUGCCAACAGAUGGAGAUCCAGGCCAUUUAAAGUAUAAGAUCCGGUUAUCAGAUCCGAAAGUACAGACUUCGCUGAUAUUUGAUGAAUUUCAAUCAAAUGGACCUGGUUUUUCAGGCGAAAGCUAUUAUCAUUCUAAUUUCCUAGCUUUCCAACUGUUGUUGGAUAAAACAUUCAUUGCCAUGACAGGAACAGAACCAUCUUCAUAUAAAUUGAAUCUCCAACAAUUUCCAUACCCUGCAUAUCAUCAAGACGACUUCGUUAGUAUUUUCACUUCAAUUCUGCCAUUUUGCACUGUGAUAAGUUUUGUAAUGCUGUGUCCUGCCAUCUUGAAAAGAGUUGUGGAGGAAAAACAAACUGGAGUGAAGGAACUGAUGAAAAUGAUGGGACUGAAGUCAUGGAUGCUUUGGUUUGGGUGGAUGAUAAAUGCAUUGCUCGUGAACUUUGUGUCAGUUACCAUAAUAGUAAUCUUAAUGAAAGCUCAGUUUAAUGAGGUGUCAGUACUUCAGUAUUCCAAUGGCUUCUUGGUGUGGAUUUAUCUUCUAUUGUACUGUGCAGCUGGUGUAACCUUCUGUUUUGCUAUAAGCGCAUUCUUCUCCCGACCAAAUUUAGCUAUGAGUGUUGGUGUCAUUCUGUGGUUCCUGACAAAUUCAGCUACUUUCUCUUAUGUUAUGAGUAAUAGUUAUAUUGCUCCAUACAUAAAGCUGCUUUCAGCUCUUCUGCCCAACACAGCCAUUACUUGGGGUUAUCGCAUAAUUGUGGCCUAUGAAUCAAAGAAAGUUGGCGUGACCUGGAUGAACCUUUUUGAACCACCCAGUGGUAUUAAAGGUGACAUCAGUCUUGGCCUAGUGUUGCUGAUGUUCAUUGUGGACAUUUUUAUAUACAGCUUUGUAACGUGGUACAUAAGUAGCAUUAUGCCAGGACAGUAUGGUCUUGCAAAACCCUGGUACUUCAUUUUCAUGCCAUCUUAUUGGCGCAACAGCAAAGUAAAUAAUAUGGAAGUUACUUCAGACAAUGACACAGUGUCCAGCAAAAAGUUUGAGAAACCUCAUGGCAAUCUCUCUGUUGGAAUCAAGAUUAGAAAUCUUUAUAAAGUAUUUCAGUCCUAUGGUGGACUGAAUAAGAAGGUGGCAGUAGAUGGAGUCACUCUAGAUAUCUAUAGUGGUGAGAUUACAGCACUGCUUGGACAUAAUGGUGCUGGUAAAACUACAGUCAUGUCAAUUCUCACAGGCUUGUUUUCCCCUACAAGUGGCUCUGUCCACAUUAAUGGCUAUAACAUCCGUGAUAAUUUGGAUGAAGUGCGGGAAAGCUUGGGACUGUGUCCACAACAUAACCUGCUAUUCACAGAUCUCACCGUCUUGGAACAUCUGCUCUUUUUUGCAAUGUUAAAAGGUUCCUCUAGAUCUGAAGCUAAUAAUGAGGCCAGGAACCUCCUGCAGAAAUUAAACCUAGAAGACAAAAGGAAUAAGUUGUGUUCGACUUUAUCAGGAGGUAUGAAGAGAAAACUAUCCCUUGGGAUAGCAUUAAUUGGGGAUACAAAGGUCUUGAUGUUAGAUGAACCAACUUCAGGAAUGGAUCCAGAGGCCAGGAGGGAAAUAUGGGAUGUCUUAUUGAAUAUGCGAGGUCAGCGGACUAUCCUUAUUACAACACACUAUAUGGAGGAAGCAGAUGUGCUUGGAGACAGAAUUGCUAUCAUGGACCAUGGUCGAGUACAGUGUUAUGGUACUACUUUGUUCCUCAAGAAACUAUAUGGAACGGGAUACCAGUUAAAUCUGUUGAAGAAUGAAGGUUGUCAUGUGGCCAAGAUAACAAAUACAAUUAAGCCUAUUAUUCCUGAUGUGAAGGUGAAGAGUGAGAUGGGCUCACUUUUGUGUUAUAUGCUGCCUUCAGAGCAGCGUAACAAUUUCCCUCGGCUGUUUGAUAUCUUGGAACAAAAUAAACAACAGUUAUGCAUAUCUGGCAUUGGUGUUUCCAUCACCACACUUGAGGAAGUAUUUCUGAGGGUAGGAAAAGAAGCAGUAGAUGAACUUGAUGGACAGACCAACUCAGAAUCAGAUGUGGAAUAUACGAAGUUGUACGGCAGUUCUGAAGUUUUAGAGCACACAGUUCACACAAUGAAAAAGUGCUCGGCUCUCCAAACAGAAUUACAGCCCUUGCGUGUGGCUGAAUGCUCUGCUGAUCUAGACUGGAAUAAUUACUCCCCUGACUUGGAAUAUAAACCAGAAAUGGACAUCUUUCCACCAGCUCUGACAUUCAAGAAAAUGUUUGGAGCAAGCCUACUGGAACAACAACUGAGAGCCUUGUUUACAAAGCGAGUUAUAUUCACAUGCAGGAAGUGGUUAACGUUCCUCUUACAGGCUCUAAUCCCUAUUGUGAUGACUUUUCUCACAGUAAUUCUUACUGCUAAUACUGGAGGAACAUCAGAACCUGCUCGUGUAAUAAAUUUGAAUGAUUAUGGAGCAACAAAUGUAUUAUACUCUGUAAAUGAAAGUCCGGUAGGCUGGAAUGAUACAUAUGAAGAGUUGGUAAAAUUAACUGGCUCCAGUGUGAUGGAAGUUGAAGAUGUGUGUGCAUCACUGCUACUUGCCGGAGAGUCAGAUAUGCAGAAAUACCGUACAGAGUUUAUCAUUGCAGCAGAAUUCAAUUCAUCAUCAUCAGGAGCUGGGAUGUUAAAUGCAAUGUUCUCAUCUACAGCUAUUCACAGUGCUCCCAUCUCUCUAAAUGUAUUGACUAAUGCUGUCUUGAAAACAAAUUCUAAAGAAAAAUCUAUUACAGCCAUCAAUCAUCCUCUUCCCAGUAGAGAGCAUGUGUCAGGUGAAGGCUUUGUAAGACAAAUAGGUGUUAUGGUAUUAUGGAUGACUCUGAUGCCAUUUGGUUUGCUGUUUCUGACGGGAAGCUUUAUGACAUUCCCUUUGCUAGAAAGGGUGUCAAAAGCUAAGCAGCUGCAGUUGAUGACCGGAACCUCUCCACUCGCAUACUGGUUCACCUGUUUUGCGUGGGACCUUUUGUUGUACAUGAUAGUAGCCAUCAUCAUGAUGUUUGUAGUGUUAAUUGCUGACCCGCUGAAUGUGUUCAAUGGAUCUGAAGAACUUGGUACAUAUUUCUUGCUGUUGAUGAUGUAUGGUUUGAGUGCAAUUCCAUUUGCAUACUUAUUCAGUCACUUUAGGAACACAUCUGCAGGAGCUUUUUCUUUACUUGUCGUGCUCAAUGUGUUGGUUGGUUUAAUAAUGUUCCUGGUGGUAUACUUUAUGCUGCUUAGUGAAGACUACAAGUCUACUGGGAAAGUGCUGAAGUUCUUUUUUGAGUUUAUACCUCACUUCACCAUUACAUAUGCAUUCACACGCUUCUCAGAUCGUGUCCUCUCAAACAACCAGUGCAGACUGAAGAAAUCUUAUUGUAAUAGCAUUUCCAGCACGUUAGACAUAUGCUGCUCACCUGAUUGCAAAGAUGGCUACUGUCCUGCUAUAUAUAAGCCCUACCUGGCAUUUGCAGAUAAUAAUAAUGAAAAUGCAGUUGGUGGAGAAAUCCUAUAUAUGGCAGUAGAUUCAUUGAUCUAUUUUUCCCUCAUCAUGCUGGUCGAAUUUGGUGUAUUUGGCAUAUUGUAUGAAAAGGUUAAGAAGAUAGUCAUUGGUAAUAAAGUAGAUAAACCGUUGCUUGAUGAUGAUGUGGUGCAUGAACAAGACAGAGUUGAUGGUCAGAUUAAAGUAGCUGCUGUGCGUCGUGACGAUGAUAUUAUGUUGGUUCAUAAUUUAGUAAAGAAAUUCACAAGAAAUUUGACAGCAGUGAAAAGUGUUAGUUUUGGUGUGGCACCUGGUGAAUGUUUUGGACUGCUUGGUGUCAAUGGUGCAGGCAAGACCACCAUAUUUAGGAUGCUUACUGGUGACGAAACUCCUACUGAAGGAGAGGCAUGGAUUGGACAAUAUAGUCUCAGCAAGGAUAAGUCAGAGUUCCUUGCACAGAUUGGCUACUGCCCACAGUUUGACGCCAUCAAUGAAGCUCUGACAGGUCGUGAAAUGCUGAAGCUUUUUGCCAGUCUUCGUGGUGUUUCCAAAAAUAACAUUGAAUAUGAAGUCAAGAAAUGGAUUACAUUGAUGGGACUUCAAGAGUAUGAGAACCGGAAAUGUGGAACAUACAGUGGUGGCAAUAAACGUAAGCUGAGUACAGCCAUGGCUCUGAUAGGGAACCCUCCAAUUGUGUUCCUGGAUGAACCAACAAGUGGAGUUGAUCCUGUGGCCAGGAGGAACCUGUGGACUGUACUGACAUCUAUCCAGAAGUCUGGCCAGUCUGUAGUACUCACUUCACACAGCAUGGAGGAGUGUGAAGCACUGUGUAACAGGUUGGCCAUCAUGGUGGCUGGGCAGUUCGUGUGUAUGGGUGGGGUCCAGUAUCUGAAGCAGAAAUUUGGCCAAGGCUUCACUAUCAUGGUGAAACUGAGAGCAGUUGAAGCUGAUAAACCCAUCAUACGCAGAUUAAAACGUGAGAUCAAAGGAAAUUUCAGCUCUGGUUGUGUCCUUAAGGAUGAACAUCAGGGUUUGCUGCACUAUCAUGUGACUGAUCCCAGUACUCCAUGGAAACAUCUCUUUACAACCAUGGAGUACGUGAAGCACAAGUAUGAUCUGGUAGAAGAUUACGUUGUAAGUGAGACAACACUGGAGCAAGUAUUUAUAUCUUUUGCAAAGUCCCAAAAUGGGCAAUCUGCUGGUCCCAAUAUUUCAAUAUCUGCAUAGUAUUUUGUAAAUAUCAAGUACAUCAGCAGGGCUGCCAUGGUUAGAAAUUUUCGCUGUUAUUAGGUGUGUCUAAUAUUAUACUACUCUUAAUUCUAUAAUCUGGGACUAGAUUUUCUACAAAAGGGUAUUCACAAACAGUACAUGGUGCUAUGUUCAUGCCUAAUAAUGCUGCAAGUUCGACAGGUACUGAACAUGUACCAGUCAGCUUUAUAAUACUGUUAGUUGAGAUGUACAAACUCAAAACUCAAGCAUAUGAAUGAAUUGUAAGUCACGGAGGGCAGAAGUCACAGUCUCCAUAUAUUUGCAUGCAGCUACGGAGUAAAGGUGCAAAUGGUAUAAAUUUAAAUGUAUUCAUAAAACAGUGCAUUUUUACUUGCUGAAUGCCUUUCAGAUAUUGCCUAUAAAAUGUUGCCAGAAAUUUUUAUACAAAUUUCCAUUUCAUUGUUUCUUUUUCUACGUGUGGUAACAUUAUUCAGGAUAUUCUUACAAUUGUAGAUAGGUUCACCAGAUUCAGCAUACCUGAAAAAAGAAAAAAGGUGCCUUAUGUUUGAAUUCACAGAGCUGAAUAAAGGUUCAGCAUGUCUUGCUUGUACUGGAGUCAGAUCACUGGAAACUAUAAUUUGUACCUUAUAUGUUGAGAACAGACAUUUUUAGCAGCUCAUGCAAUAAUAAUUUAUUCUGUUAUAAUUUUCAUUAUACUGAGGCCACAGAUGGAAGUUGCAUGGAUGAUGGAUGUGACUCUCAAGGCUUUCCACUCUUUGUCAUCUGUUGUAUUGCUCUCUCUCUUAGCCCUUUUGGUCUUUGUCAGCCAUUCCAAAGUUCUUUAAACAGUAAAGAUUGUCACUACCCUACUUUUGUCCAAACAGAAAGGCUGGAUAAUUAAAUGGGAAUAUAGGGAAAUAUACUUGAAGGGAAAGCUAACAAACCAGAGAUGUUGAGGUGGGUCAAUCCAUGGAACUUCUUUCCAUGGCCUCAGAAUAGGUGUAAAGUUAAACAUGGGUUUAGGCAGCUGGUUUAACUGAGACUGAUUGUUUAGACUUUUGAGCUAAAGGUGGUUUAGUUGCUGGUUCAACUGUCAACAACUUUACGAUUGGAGAGUUACGUGAAAAUAACUACAGGUUCUCUAUUUAAUCAUGGGAUUGAGCACCAUAAAGCCAGUGGACUACUGCUUACAUAGCUAACAAGGAAUUAGAAAGGGAAUAUAGCCCACUGUUCCACUGCAGUUUAACUUGCCUUAUUUUACAGGAGAGUCUCAAAGUGGCAACAUGCUUCUGAGCACAUCAGAUAUCUUGACAGAAUAUUCCUAGACACAAAACAAAGCUGUUUUCUUUAAUUAGUAGAAUUUUCUCUUUAAUAUUUUUCUUCUCCAUUCCUGUGCUGGAUGGGGGUUGUUCACUUACACUUUGUCUUUCAGAGUGCCCCAUAAGUAAAAGUUAUAUAAAUUUAAAGCUAGACAUUGUGGGGGCCAUAAUCCACAACAUAUCUGUCUCUCAAAUAAGUCUGCCAGAUCCAUCAUAGAAAUUUGAACAUUGUUGGUUGUUGCAUUGCCCUGCAUAAAGUACCUGUACUCAGUCUGUUCUUUAGUCAGCUCCAUUGCAGAAGGAUGCUAUAAUCGGUGUAAUAUUACAUUUGGAGUUAAUUGUUUCAUCAAAAACUGCAGGCCCUUCUGUUCUCUGUACACUGACUGCAGACCAGUUCUGCACCUUAUGUAUAAUUCCAAGUGACUUCAUGGACUGCAUGCAGUUUUUUGCACUGAAGAGCAGAUGUGUUGAUUUUAUACGGCCACUUGCAGUAAUCCAUAUAAAUUGCAGCUGGAAAGGACCACUGAAACCACCUGCAGUAACAGGUUCAUGUGUACAGAUGAUUUUAUGGAGCCAUAUUUCUGUUGUGAUAUGAACAUGCUUGAUACACUACACUACACCACAUCGGAGAUCUAAAUGACAGAAGUGUUCCUUUGGACUAGGUUUUAGUCAUGCACCAGUGUUAUCCAAUUUAUUUAUGGGAUUUUUGUGUGUGUGUUCCCCCACCCCACCCCCAAUCCAGCACCAAAUCUGUUGCACAAAACUUUUCUGCUGUUCUGUAUUGCUACACUGUAAAACUAGGAUAUUUUCAGCUGAACUGCAGUGACCUUCUUACAUAGUAAAUGCUUUACAAAAUCAUUCUAUAAAUUCAUCAAUACUAAACUGCAUUUGACCACUAUGCAAAAACAUUACAUUGAAUACAGCUGUGUCAGCUGUGCAGUGAUCAAGUGGCUUUGGAAAAAGGAAGUUCUUGACUAAUGCUUCUCAGACAUUUCAGGAUAUUCUUACAAAAUUAAGAUAGAGAUCUUGUAGAGUAAGAAGGUUAAAAGUGUUUGUUUCCUGUAUUAA